CAGCAUUUUGCUACCCUCAAUACAACAACACCGCAGCAUUUUGAACGACUCGGAGGAGGGCCGGAUCUGUCGCACACUCCAACUUGAAAGCUUCAAGCCGUCUAGAAGUCCAGAAUGUCCUUCGACAGGUUAUCGUCGCUGGAGUCGCAACCGACCACCACCCGCCGACAGGAUGAUCCUCACUACCGAGAUGACCCAGAAUUUCAGAGAUUCACAGAGCAGCUGUCCACACGGCUCUUCGAAUUAAUCUCGAAUAUCUCCCGGCUUUCAAACCAGAUCUCCAAACGAGACACCGAGCGAGUUCGAGAGAGGAUACAUGAUCUAUUGGAGGAGACAAGAGACGGGUUCAAGGAAGUUGGUGAAGGUGUCAAGAGAGCGCAAACAUGGCAAGAUUUGAAUCCCUCGCAAAGAUAUACAAACCAGAAGUUAUCACGAGAGUUUGCCUCCGCUUUGUCCGAAUUCCAAGUCGUUCAAAGGAGAGCGAUAGAAAAGGAGAGAGCAUCCAAAACCGCCUUGGAAGAGGCUCAUUCAGCACAGUCACCUUCAGGAGAAGGACAGCAGCAACUCCAGUCUUUGGAAGAGCCUCGAUUGGCACAGCAAGACGAAGUGGAUUUCCAGGAGAACCUCAUCAUCGAGAGAGAAGGAGAAAUCCGGCAAAUUGAACAAUCAGUGGGGGAACUGAAUGAACUCUUCCGAGACGUCGCUCAUCUCGUCCGAGACCAGGGCGAUAUGAUCGACGCAAUUGACGUCAACGUUGAGAACACCCUGACUGAUACACGGGGAGCCGAUGUUGAGCUGCGAAGUGCGAGUCGAUAUCAAAAGGCGGCCCGAAAUAAAGCAUGCUGUCUGUUGUUGAUCAUGGCGAUCGUUCUGUUGAUUGUUAUAUUGGCUGUGGUACUGGGAUGAUUUAACCUUGGGAAGAAGCUGGCGUUCGGUUGAAGCCGCAUUGAUUCGAAGAACGUGCUUGUACAGUGUUCGUCGAUGAGAAGGCGUUUGGGACAGCGGUCAAUUUCAUUGGGAAGAGCGAUCUGCCAGUUGCCUCCAGCUGCUACAUACAGUAUCCUGAGUGCCUUAGAUCAGCAUGGGCUUAAUAUGAUCAUACCUUUUCCGUUUUAAGC